AUGGCUGAUAGAUAUUCGUUUUCAUUAACUACAUUUUCACCAAGCGGUAAGCUUGGACAGAUCGAUUAUGCAUUAGCAGCUGUGAAACAGGGGGUUACCUCUCUAGGUAUUAAAGCUACGAAUGGGGUGGUUAUUGCAACCGAGAAGAAGGCCAAUUCAACUUUGACCUUAACAGAUACAUUAGAUAAAAUUUCUAAAAUUACCCCAGACAUCGGUGCCGUUUAUUCAGGCAUGGGCCCGGAUUUCAGAGUGUUGAUUAAUAAGUCGAGAAAGACAGCAUAUGGGAGUUAUAUGAAAACGUACGGGGAAUAUCCACCAACUAAGAUACUUGUUUCUCAGAUUGCAAAAAUUAUGCAGGAGGCGACUCAAUCUGGUGGUGUGAGACCCUUUGGUGUUUCACUGUUAGUCGCAGGUUAUGACAAUCAUAAUGAAUUUGGGCUAUACCAAGUGGAUCCCUCUGGAUCUUAUUUCCCAUGGAAGGCGACAGCUAUUGGUAAAGGUGCUACUGCUGCUAAGACUUUCUUGGAGAAGAGAUGGAACAACGAACUAGAACUUGAAGACGCUAUUCAUAUUGCCUUAUUAACCCUAAAGGAGUCUGUAGAAGGAGAAUUUAACGGGGAAACAAUAGAGGUAGCAGUUAUAGGUGAAGAAAACGACGACCUUUUAGGUUACAAAGGUGAUGCAACGGCUAGAGGGCCAAGGUUUAGAAAAUUCACACCACAAGAAAUCAACGAUAGGUUAGACGCUUUGUAA